UCUAAAAGUAACCUCCAGAUAUUGUGAGGAAGACCGAGCACACAGUAAUGCUAGUUGCACGAGAUUUCACAUGCAAUGUCCUUGAAACCUUCGCUGAAAAAUAGAUUUGUUUCCUUUUGAUCUCGAUGUUAUAGCAAUAUCUAUUUAAACUUUUCUAUAAUCGAAAAUCACUUUACGAAGCUACAGUAGCCUCCUUCUCUUACUUCGUCAAUUUAUUCUAUACACGUGACAAUGUUGAGGUCUGUUUCAACCAUGUUUAUUGCGCGAGCUAAGUCGACUAUCCCGAUAGUUCAACUUCCAGCGUUCCAAAUUCCGUUUUUCAGGUGCCUCGCAAGUUAUCCGAAAAAGUUUACAAUAAGCUACAACCAUAAUCGCGGGGACAGCGUACUUUUGGGAUCUACCAUUGGUCAAGUCGUGAACCAAGCUGCUGACCAGGUUGGUGAUAAACUAGCAUUUGUUUUUCGCCAUCAAAAUAUCCGUCGCACGUUUUUCCAGCUUAAUAAAGAGAGUGAUCAACUCGCAGCAAGUUUCCUGGAGCUAGGGUUAAGACCUGGAGAACGUCUUGCUCUGUGGAGUACAAACUGUUAUGAGUGGAUAUUGACACAAGUGGCUGCAGCUAAAGCAGGAUUAAUCUUGGUUAACAUCAACACUGCCUACCAACCAGAUGAAUUACAAUAUUGUUUAAACAAG